AAAAGAGCCACCUUUCACGUUCCCCUUCCCUGGCCUUUUAUGACGUCCUUUUAUGACGUCCCCUUCCCUGGCCAUUCGAUCCAAGCUCGCUCCUUUUCGCUGUCGAUAUGUUCUUCCAUCUGGAGUUCCGGCGAGCUGGAUCGGAGGGGGCAUCUGAUUCCUGUUGUUUUUGAUACAAGAGAGAAGAAAAGGGUGUUUCAUCGGCGGACCCGGUGGUUACUCCCUCGCUGAUUUGGCCUCAGUAAAUUCUACUUCCUGGAUUGCUAAUUUGAGGAGCGAGAGGGAGAGGAAGCCGAUCCCUGUCGUCUCGGUUCGGGAAUUCUUCUAUGGGUAAUUGCUGGGGUGCGAAGGUCAAGGCGGAGAGCCAUUCCCAUGUUGUCUUCGCUUCAGUAGGGAACUCUAAACAUGGCAAGAGGAAGGGAAAUGUGUCAAGUGGUUCUAGCAGCAGGAUGUCUGCCUCCUUCAUGCCUCUAACCCCACGGAGCGAGGGUGAGAUCUUGUCGUCGUCCAAUCUGAAGAGCUUCAUCUUCAAUGAACUCAGAAUUGCCACCAGAAACUUCCGGCCAGACAGUGUGUUGGGAGAGGGAGGCUUUGGUUCAGUGUUCAAGGGAUGGAUUGAUGAGCACACAUUUGCAGCAGUCAAGCCUGGGACCGGAUUAGUUAUCGCCGUGAAGAAACUCAACCAGGACAGCUUCCAGGGUCAUCGGGAGUGGCUGACAGAGGUCAAUUACCUGAGCCAGCUGUCUCAUCCUAACCUCGUGAAGCUUAUCGGAUACUGCCUGGAGGAUGAACAAAGGCUUCUUGUGUAUGAGUUUAUGCCUCGCGGAAGCUUGGAGAAUCAUCUCUUCAGGAGGAGUUCAUACUAUCAGGCACUCUCUUGGAAUCUCCGAAUGAAGAUUGCGCUCGGAGCUGCUAAAGGACUCGCUUUUCUUCAUAGCGACAAGGCGAAAGUCAUUUAUCGUGAUUUUAAAGCUUCCAAUGUGCUUCUUGAUUCAAACUAUAACGCAAAGCUUUCGGAUUUUGGAUUGGCAAAGGAUGGUCCCUCUGACGAUAAAAGCCAUGUCUCUACAAGGGUCAUGGGCACAUAUGGAUAUGCUGCUCCCGAGUACCUUGCAACAGGUCAUUUGACUUGCAAGAGUGAUGUUUAUAGUUUUGGUGUCGUUCUUCUUGAGAUGUUGACCGGGCAGCGUGCCAUUGACAAGAAACGCCCUGUCACAGAGCACAAUCUAGUGGAGUGGGCAAAGCUUUAUCUCACAAGCAAGCGAAAGACCAUCCGCAUCUUAGAUUCCAGAUUGCAAGGGCAGUACUCACCGGCAGGAGCCCAGAAAGCGGCUGCUCUCGCACUCCAGUGCCUGUCCAUGCAAGCAAAGCAAAGGCCACCCAUGGAUCAAGUGGUGACUGCAUUAGAACAGCUUCAGGACGCUAAAGACAUCAGCAAUAACCCUCAGACGACUGAUCCAAAGUCAGCCAACGGCCAUCCACGUUUGCCUCUUCGGAGAAGUUCACAGAGAGUUGGAGAUGGAAAGGUUGCUCAUCCAAGACCCUUAGCUUCCCCUUCUCUAGACUAGUCAAGUGUAGCUAUCAAGGAGGAGUAGCAAGCUAUGUAUCUGUUUCAUAUGUUGUUGUGCAUAGAUUCUUGUUAUUGCUCUCAUGUUUUCAGUGUCAAAAUGGGGGAUUGGAAUAAAAUGCAUCAUUCUCUCCU